CUCGGUCGAUCAUGCGAAGCAAAUCUGCUUUGUUGCUUUGUUUUGUUCACAUGUGAAACAAAAAGCAAUGCAAUGUUUGAUGAAUACUGAAUUCCACGCGACUCUUCGUGCAGGAAUUAUAAUGGACAUGAGUAACACGCAAUCUAUGGAUCAAACACGCUGCUAGACAUCCUGCGGCUUAACGCGUCACAACUAAAGUGGCUCGUCAAAAGAAGUUAUGUGGUUUGGCCUCUUGGCUUGGCAGUCGGCAGCUCUUCUAAAUGAUUGUCCUGGUUGGCUGCCUUUAUUCGUGUCUCUUAAGAAAGAAACAAGUAAUUUAGGUCAAAGCCUUUGUUUGAUCAGGUGAUAAACUGCAGUCGAAAAAGAUGGCAUUCGCUAUGUGAACUGCAUGGGUGGCGCUCCCGUUGCGCUAAUUUUCGCAAGUUAGACGAUUACUUUUCAUGACUCUUACAUGACCAAUAUAUGAGAACUGAUUUGUUUGCCCACAUACUGUUGUACAUAUAUAAAUUAUACUCUGUGGUAACUUUGCUAAGAGAAGUGCAAUGAAGUAAACUUUCAUAGCAGGUAUUCAACACUUAGGAACUUGUUACUGAGCCGCAAGGAGCGAGCUGCAACCAGUUAUAGCUCAAUAACAUUCCUUUCAGAAACAACAUGAUUGAAGAAGUUGUUGCCCACAUUUUCACAGGAUUUGUAAAUGUUGUAGCUGGUCUUCACCUGUCCGCAGUGCAUAAACCUUCAAUAUUAGACAUUGCAAAGUACUUGAUUAUUUUUUUUGUGGUCCCCUCGAUUGCUGUGGUUGCUUAUGAUCAGUUCUUUCCUAUAUUUAAAGGAGUUAACCUAUAUCUGGUAUUUGUUAUUUCCACACCAGUACUUCUCGUCACCCCUGUCUUGGCAUUUGCUUUAUUUCGCUUUUUCGGUGGCCACUGGUUGCUUAAUUGGCACCUGAGGAAGACUUCACGAUAUCUAGAUUUGUGUAACUUGCCUAACGAGUACAAAACAUUGUUGCUGCCCAGAGAUACAGCAAAAUGGCAUUACCAGCUUGCUGGGAGCUCAGCUGAUCAUGGGUUUGGAUUUUUUCCUCUGCUGAGUUCAAACUCAGGGAUAUUUCCAUGGUCAAAACCACAGAUGAUUCAAGAUGUUGAUGUGAAUAUAUUUUAUAAGCCAUUGUGUGUUAGAAUUGACCAUUUGAUACCUACAUCACCUGGAUAUUGCAAGGUGGUUGUCAAUGGCUUCACUCAAGAUGCAUUUUUGCAUGACUGCAUUGUCAAGUGUGGAUCACAGUCUUUGCUUUCUGGAAGGUUAGUUUCACAAAAAAUAGGAGAAGAGUUUGCCACAGCAGAUGUGGAAUACAACUACCCUGCAGUAACAUUUAAAGCAGUUUUGGAUGGCCCUCGGGGAAAGUUUACAUUUCAUAGCGAUAUUGUCUUUGGAAUCAAAAUAAUCGACUCUGCAGAUGUAGCUUAUGAUUGGUUCGUGCGAGUGCAAGAUAUAUUUCCAUAUCAACUUCUCGACAUUAUCAGGGCUACGGGAUGCUACUUAGUUCACAAGCAUUGUUUAUCACAUCAUAUCUCGCAUGAUUUUGAUUGGAGAAUUACAUUUGCUGAAGCCGAGUCAAAGCUUUUUGAGUAUCAUUCUGACAAGACAGCACUGAAAUUGUGUUACGUUGUCAUCAAAUUUGCAAUCAAGCAGUUCAGUCAAGUAAAGAAGAGAAGUUAUCUAGCCCUAAAAUCCUACCAUUUAAAGACUGUUGUCUUGUGGAUUGCUGAGCAAAGUGGAAAGCUUCCUUUUGAUGUGUAUACAAUUGACAACAACAGCACACUAGGGGCACUGUUGUCACAUAUCAUAUCAACAUACAGGCAACAUCUACAUGAAGGAUAUUUACAACACUAUUUUAUAAGGGGUGUAAACAUUUUGGAGCCCUAUGGUGUUGAAGAAUGCACAGCAGCUAUGCACUUGUUAGAUGAGUUUAAUAGGAAGCCACUGGCUACUGUGUCUAAUUUUGAUAAUGCUAAUAUGAACCGCUGGAAAUUUGAGCAGUUUGUCAUUGUUAGUCAGCUUGUUGUGGUGGCAUGCUUGUGUUUCAGCUGUUAUUUUUCAGUAGUUGGUGAACUAUUUGUGCAGCAAAUCUAUGUAGUGUGUGCUGUAUUUGGUUUGAUAAUGAUUGUAAAAAUACUUCUAGAUUGAUGCAUUGCUGUCUAGUUAUCAGGGUUUCCUGGUAUUAUUUUUAUAAUAUAAUGCCAUUUGCUCUUAUUGACACAUCUGAUUUCAUGAUCUAACUGACAUUUUUAAAACGUAUCUCACAAGAAAUUUUCACAGUUGCCUUGGAAAGUGAGAGAAUUGAACUAAAGUCCAUAUUAAGGUGGCUGGUAACAGUUUCCAGAUUUUUCCAGUAGUUAUACUUUGAUGGCUCAGUACUACCACAUUUUAUCAACUGAUGUUGUAAUAUUAGGUAUCACAUUAACGACCAAUCAUUGUUAAACAAUUGUGGUCACCUUUAUGGUAUAUUAGGUUACCAUAGUAAUGAUACAGCUUGUUAAAAAUUCCAGCUUUUUAAAAGUGCUGCCUUAUAACUCAAAAA